AUGCUGGAAUUUCGGACGCAAGGGUUCAAUCCCUAUGCUGUCAAGUAUUCGCCCUACAACGACUCGCGCCUCGCUGUCGCAACGUCGGCAAAUUAUGGCAUCGUCGGCAACGGGCGCGUCUUUGCGCUGGGGCUUACGGCACGGGGCAUAGAGGUUGAACGGACCUACGACACGAACGAUGCCCAAUACGACCUUGCCUGGUCUGAGAUCAACGAGAACCAGCUUAUCGUGGCCUGCGGUGAUGGGUCAAUCAAGCUCUUCGACGUCGGCGUCAAGGACUUUCCCGUCAUGAACUUCCACGAACACAAGAGGGAAACAUUCUCCGUGUCAUGGAACCCCAUCACCAAGGACACCUUUGUCUCGAGCUCAUGGGACGGCUCCAUCAAGCUGUGGUCGCCCACCCGUCAAGACUCGCUACGCACCCUGCCCAUCGGCUCGUGCACGUACAGCACGGCCUUCCAGCCCUCGAACCCCAGCAUCAUCUCGGCCGUCUCCUCCGACUCGCAGAUCCGCAUCUUCGACCUCCGAACGCCCGCCUCGGCGCGCUACCACCUCACCUCCGUCAUACCCGUCCACACGAGCCCCACGCCGGGGCCGCCGCCGCCGGGCGUGCCCUCGGGCCAGCCCGCCGAGAUCCUGACGCACGACUGGAACAAGUACCGCGACACGGUCAUCGCGACGGCGGGCGUCGAUCGCGUCAUCCGCACCUUUGACAUUCGCAACCCCGACGCCGGCCCCGUCUCCGUCAUGCCGGGCCACGAGUACGCCGUCCGCAGGCUGGCGUGGAGCCCGCACGCCGCCGACGUGCUGCUGAGCGCCAGCUACGACAUGACGGUGCGGCUGUGGAACGACGGCUCGGCCCAGCCGCAGGCCAUGGAGGGCCCGAGGAUCGGGCGGCAGAUUGGCAUCAUGAACAGGCAUACCGAGUUCGCGACGGGCGUCGACUGGUGCCUAUUUGGGGCCGGGGGGUGGGUCGCUUCCGCGGGCUGGGAUGAGAGGGUCUUGCUGUGGGAUGCGAACAUGCUGCUGUGA